CCUUGCCGCACCCCCCGUGACGCCACCGGUCUCCAGGCAACGGCGCCCCCAGCGGUUCGGGCCGGGAGGAGAGCGGGUUUGUCGGGGGGCUCCCGGCGGGCCGGGGCGGCUAUGGCGCUGCCGCUCCUGCCCGGGGUUUCCCGCGACCGGAACAUAGGGAAAGAAAAGUUCCACAAGUCACAGCACUGGGGUUUCUGCAAUAAUGUUGCUAUGCUGGUUAAUGAAAAUAAACCUGGAGUUGGAGGUAAACCACUACCUGGUCAGAAGCUGACACCUAAAUACAGUGUGUUUCCUGAAGGGAUGGGAAGUGAUGCUCCUGCUUGGGUAGCAUUUGACAAGCAGGUAUUGUCUUUUGAUGCCUAUUUUGACGAAGAAGUACCUGACAAAAAUCAAGAACUAUAUAGAAUCAGACACUGCAAAAUAUACUUCUACCUUGAAGAUGAUACAAUUCAGGUGAUUGAACCCCGAGUGAAAAAUAGUGGCAUACCUCAAGGAACGAUUGUUCAACGGCAUCGGAUUCCACUUCCACCUCCAUGUGAAGAUCAGUUCUAUACUAUAGAUCAUUUCAAUAUCAACAUAGAAGUAACCUUUUAUGCCCGAAAGUAUAAGAUCACUGAUUGUGACCAGUUUACAAAAAAUUUCCUGAGGAAAAUGGGAGUUAGAUUAAAUCCUCCCACAAGUCGUCCAGAUGAUCCAUACACCCAAGAGAGGCAAAAGACUCUGGAUAGUAUGACGCCAUUUCGCCCUUAUGAGCGCAUUGACACUUUGAAACAAUUUCUAGAGCAUGAUGGACAUGUUUUACGUUUUUUCUGUGUGUGGGAUGACCCCCAAUCCAUGUUUCAUGACCCACGAGAACUUGUUCUGCACUAUUACUUGUCUGAUGAUACUAUUGAUAUUAAAGAAAUUGUACCAAUAAACUCAGGCCGGGAUGCAGUUCCACUGUUCCUCAGAAGAGAUAAGCUUCCAAAGCAUGCUCCCAUGGGGCUGUAUCAGCCGGGUACAAUCACUGAUCGCACUGUUCUCAAUGUGCUUGGGAAUUUAGUAGGAAACAAAGGCCGUUAUAUUCUGGACAAUCGUAAGACAGGAGCUGUGCACCAGGAAUUUUACAAAGACAGUGACCUGAAAAUAGGGGCAGUAAUUAAUGUGUGGGGAAGGAAGAUAAUUCUCUGUGAUUGUGAUGAAUUCACUAAAGAAUAUUACAGGACAAAGUACGGAAUCGAGGAUUUCACCCCAGUUCCAUAUAAGGCUCCACCACCUCCAAAACCAGAAAAAACAUUUCCUCCGUAUACUGGAUUUGGUUCUGAAGAGGAUUCUCUGUGCUCCUGUAUGGGUCUAAUUCUCAAGCCUCCAGCAAAAGAUUUCAAGAAAUUCCUGGAGAAAGACAGAAUUGGCAUGGAAAGUAACAUACUGCGCUUUCUUGCAAAACUCAUCACAGAUAGUCCUAUUGACAAGGAUAGGAAAUUAAUAAUUUCCUACUUCCUGAGUGAUGACACCAUUUCAGUUUUUGAACAUGUACAACGAAACUCAGGGAUACAUGGUGGGAAGUUCUUGGAAAGAGGUCGCAUUAAGAAGCCUGGGCAGGAGCUUUUUAAGAGUGAGCCAUCUGAAUACUUCAAGGCUCAGGAUCUGUUUGUUGGAGCCAGAGUUUGUUUCCAUGGUCACAACUUUCUUUUGGUGGAUGCCGAUGAGUACACAUUCAACUACAUGGAGAAGCAUGCAAAUGAGUUCUCUGUGGCUGAUGUUGGUGUCAUCCUCAAGAAGCUGAAAGUUAUAACCAAACCUCGUUCCUGGGAAAUCAGACAGUUGUUUGCAGCCACCGACCCAGACCAUAACAAGGUGAUUGAGUAUGAUGCUUUCAGAAAUUUGAUAGUCAGUAUCACUGGUGAAGCAUUUUCAGACCAUGAAAUGAUGACUCUUGGGCGUUAUUACGGUGUGAAAGAUGAACGUGAAACAGACCUCCACUACCUCCUUGCAGUGGCUCAAGAACAACUAAAGAAAAAUAGGUUUGAGAAUUUUGAACAACUGACUGCAGUGCUUCAAUACAAUGACCGUGAAAAAUGUGGAGUGCUGCCCCGUGAGGUGUGCAGGACUAUUUGCAAGUCGUUUAAGUUGCCACUGGCUGAUGAUGAUCUGCAAGCUUUAUUGACCAUGUCUGAAGAUGACGAUAAGCAAGUGGAAUAUAAAAAGUUUGUGGAUGGGCUGAACUGGAGAGAGAAUCCAAUUCCUGUUUUCCAGACAAUAAAGAAUGAAGAUGACUGGACCAGACAACCACCAAUCUUUCGUGUGAAAGAGAUCAAGUACUUACCUCUUCUGGAUGAUCUGUUUGGCAAGGAAGAAUAAUCUGAUCUGUGCAAGGCAGUGCUUUUGAAUUAAUGUUUCAGCUCCAAAACUUGGACAGAUACUGAAAAGAUUCAUAUAUAGGUUUUAUUGCAUUUAAUUUCUUAUUGCAACAUAGAUGUAUACUUUAUGUGGCUUUGUAACUCCUUCUUAAUCAACAGUACUCUUUCAUACUUAUGCAGGCAUAAUUAAAACUGUGUCCUCUCA